AUGGACAUGCAACUUCAGAGGCUGGUGAUUCAAGACAUCGAUAAGGUUGGCGGCGACAAUCAGCUAACCUUCAUGGAUUACGUUAAUGAUCUGUACAAGUUCUAUAAAGUUGCCGAGGUGAUCUUUCCUGUCCCGUCGCAGAAUGAGCGUCGCCCCCGCGACUACAUUCACUCCCAGGUGCAUCUCAGCUCCAAGAUGCGGGCCAUCCUCGUCGACUGGAUAAUAGAAGUGCAUGACGAGUUUGAUCUCAUGCCGGAGACCCUCUACCUUAAGGCGUACAUCAUCGACCGGUAUCUCACGAAGCAGCUCGUGCUUCGGAGGGAGCUUCAGCUGGUGAGGGAUUUGGUCUGUAUAACAGACAAUGCCUACUCCAGGAAGCAGAUACUGAGGAUGGAGAAAGCCAUUCUCAAUCGGCUUGGAUGGAACCUGACAGUUCCUACACCUUAUGUGUUCCUUGCGCGCUUUGCCAUGGCUGCGUCUUACUUCAAUUUGAAGAACUAUGGGGAGAUGAUGAACAUGGUGUCCUUUUUUGCUGAACUGGCACUGAUGCAAUAUGCGCUGGUGCCGUCCAAGCCCUCCAUGGUUGCUGCUGCUGCUGUCUAUGCAGCCAGGCUCACACUCAAGAAGACCGAUCCAUGGACUCGCACUCUCAAACACUAUACUGGCUUUACUGAAUCACAGCUAAUAUAUAGUGCAAAGAUCCUGGUCACCGCACACUCGACUGCCCCUCAGAGCAAGUUGCAGGUGGUGUAUAAGAAGUAUUCUAGCAAAAAAUUGGGAGGAGUGGCCCUGCGCCCACCUGCAAUCAACUUCAAAUAAACGAGAUUUCUAGGAUUUUUUUUCUUCAAAUAAAUGGAAGGUGUGUCUGACAUUAAUUCAGUGAGUUGGUUAUUUCCUGCAUUUAGAGU